GUGAUCCGACCUUCAGCAUCGGUAGUUGACCUGCUGUCACAGUGCCUUUGUUUACGCAUAACAUCACUUUUCCUCUCCAACUUUAUAUAUAACAAAGUUGUCUUUGAUUUGAAAUGGUUACUACAAGAGCGAGUUCUCGUGGCGAGAGUAUUAGUACCGAAAACUCUACUACGAUCGAUAUUCCUCCUACACCUCCUACACGAAAACGAACGAUGAAGAACGCAGACUCGAACCCCUCGGUUUCAAAUGGAACAUCUAAGAAACACGCUGUUCAAAGGUGGCAUCAUACAGCCUCGUCGACAACAAUUCUCUGGCUCGCUGUAUCAUUGCCCCUCGUUAUAUGGGAUAUAGGCUACGUCUUCGGCAGACCUCACACCAUGCCUGAUGGUUUCCUCCAUUGGCCUUUAUACGUCCCGUAUGCGCUGUACGGUGAGGUCGAUCAUGUGUACGGGUGGAAGGCGUUCAAUGCUAAGAACGGCUUCACGGCUGCCCAGACGGCCUUAAACCUCGUUGAGACGGUCAUGUACUUGGUGUAUUUGUACAUGCUGUGGACACGCGCGGACAAGGCAUUUGAUAGCGCGAAGAGGACUUUGAGUGGACGUGAUGGUGCGUUGGCUGUUGUAGUUGGCUUUAGUGCUGCUGUUAUGACGCUGAGCAAGACAAUCCUAUACUGGGCCAAUGAGUAUUAUAGUGACUUUGACAACAUCGCUCACAACACACCUAUGGACCUACUCACUCUUUGGAUAAUUCCCAAUGGUGCCUGGAUCGUCCUGCCUACCUACAUGAUCUCGAAGUUUGGUGGGGAUAUUCUCGAUGGCUUGACACUUGCUUCAAGCCAAUCGGUAAAGACGGAAUAGAAUAAGCACGAAGGGUCUGGUUGAGCGUCUUAUUUAGUACUUUGCGGACAUAUGAGCAAUGGCAAUGAGGGAUGACUUGUGAAUGAUGAGCUGGGCUAGGGAGCUUUGAUGUUUAGUGAAUAUUGUGAAGGAACACUUUGACCUUACCAUGGUUGAAUAAUGACAUUCAUUCCCAGCAGUACAUCGCAGUAAGAGCAACUGACAUCAAUACUUGAUGAUUAACU